GCUGUUGAUGGGCGAAGUCAGUUGCAGAGAGUCAUCAAAAACCUGCCGAAAUCAAUGUUUUGAGUCCAUUGCAUUCUGCGCCACGUUCGUAUUAAUGGCACUUGUUUCCUUCCUGGAAUCGGGUAGAUGGUGAACCUUCGACAAUUCGUAUAGCAUGUUUUGCUCUCCGACAAAGGCAAGAAGUAACCAUUCAACAUGCUUCGUUGGGUAGUACACUUAGAAGGUGGCCCACGUCGGGUUAAUCAUGCUGCUGUUGCUAUAGGAGACAGAAAGGUAUUUACAUUCGGUGGUUAUUGUACUGGAGACGACUAUGAGACGAUACGGCCGAUAGAUGUACAUGUCUUUGAUAUGAUAACAUACAAGUGGACAGAAUUGGUCUGUAAUGCAAGUAAUUCAGAAUUUAUUCCAUACAUGAGGUAUGGACAUACUGUCGUUGCUAUUGAUGAUAUCGUGUACUUAUGGGGCGGUAGAAAUGAUUCAGUUGGUGCCUGUAAUAAACUGUUUUGCUAUGAUACAGGUCAGAAUAUGUGGUGUUGCCCCAAAGUGAUUGGAGACAUACCAGCUGCCAGGGAUGGUCAUUCAGCCUGUGUUAUUGAUAAUUGCAUGUAUAUAUUUGGAGGAUAUGAAGAUGAGUCUGAGUGUUUUUCUAAUACAGUGCAUAAACUUGAUACAAAGACGCUGACAUGGUCUCUUCUUCGAGUUAGUCGAGGUGAGUCAGCAUACUGGAGAGACUUCCACACAGCUAUAGCAAUAGGUCAAUAUAUGCUAGUAUUUGGUGGUCGUUCAGAUUUGCAUGGUCCAUGGCACACUAACCAUGAAUUGUAUUGUAAUAAAGUACAUGUAUUUGACACAAAGGAUCAUUCAUGGCACCAACCUGUAACUACAGGUCAAUUACCAGAUGGAAGAAGGAGUCAUUCAACAUUUUUAUAUGAUGGUCACAUGUAUGUGUUUGGUGGUUACAAUGGCGUUAAGGACAAACACUACAAUGAUAUGUUUAAGUUUGAACCAGGAAGUAUGGUGUGGACACAGAUUGAAUCACUUGGUUUCAUGAAACCAUGUCCAAGAAGAAGGCAGUGUUGUUGUGUGGUUGGACAACAAAUGCUUUUAUUUGGAGGCACAAGUCCAUGUGAAGAUCCUACCCCCGGUGCUGGGGAUGAUUUAAAUUUAAUGGAUCAUUCGGAUCUCUAUAUUUUAGAUUUUGCACCAACUUUGAAAACACUAUGCAAGUUAUCUGUAAUUACGCAUAAAUUGGAUAUAUCAAGUCUACCCCAUGAUAUCAGGUGGGAAAUCACUACCAUGACUACCAAUACCUCCAUUAGUCGUCCAAAUGCAUCAUCACAAGGCUAG